AUGACCUGCCGCUCCUACAGGAUCAGCCCAGGAUGCGGGGUCACGAGGACCUUCAGCUCGUGCUCAGCUGUGGCCCCCCAAACUGGCAGCCGCUGCUGCAUCAGCGCUAGCCCCUACCGAGGGGUGUCCUGCUACCGGGGGCUGACGGGCUUCGGCAGCCGCAGCGUCUCAGCCCUGGGCUCCUGUGGGCCCCGCAUGGCGGGGGGCGGCUUCCGCACCGGCUCCCGCGGCCGCAGCUUCGGGUACCGCUCUGGCGGCGUGUGCGGCCCCAGCCCGCCCUGCAUCACCACCGUGUCGGUCAACGAGAGCCUCCUCGCGCCCCUCAACCUGGAGAUCGACCCCAACGCGCAGUGUGUGAAGCACGAGGAGAAGGAGCAGAUCAAGUGUCUCAACAGCAGGUUCGCUGCCUUCAUCGACAAGGUACGCUUCCUGGAGCAGCAGAACAAGCUGCUGGACACCAAGCUGCAGUUCUACCAGAACCGCCAGUGCUGCGAGAGCAACUUGGAGCCCCUGUUCCAGUGCUACAUCCAGACGCUGAGGCAGGAGGCUGAGCGUGUGGCCGACAGCGGGAGGCUGGCCUCGGAGCUCAGCCACGUGCAGGAGGUGCUGGAGGGCUACAAGGAGAAGUAUGAAGAGGAGGGGGCUCUGAGGGCCACAGCAGAGAACGAGUUCGUGGUUCUAAAGAAGGACGUGGACUGCGCCUCCCUGCGGAAGUCAGACCUGGAGGCCAACUUGGGGGCCCUGGUGGAGGAGUCUAGCUUCCUGAAGCGCCUCUAUGACGAGGAGCUCCAGGUCCUCCACUCCCACAUCUCAGACACCUCAGUCUUCAUCAAGAUGGACAACAGCUGGGACCUGAACAUGGACUGUUUCGUCGCCGAGAUCAAGGCUCAGUACGAUGACGUUGCCCGCCGCAGCCGGGCGGAGGCUGAGUCCUGGUACCGCAGCAAGUGCGAGGAGAUGAAGGCCACGGUGAUCCGACACAGGGAGACCCUGCGCUGCACCAAGGAGGAGAUCAGUGAGCUGAACCGCCUGAUCCAGAGGCUGACGGCCGAGAUUGAAAAUGUCAAGUGUCAGCGGGCCAAGCUGGAGGCCGCCGUGGCCAAGGCAGAGCAGCAGGGCGAGGCGGCCCUUAAUGAUGCCCGCUGCAAGCUGGCCGGGCUGGAGGAGGCCCUGCAGAAGGCCAAGCGGGACAUGACCUGCCUGCUCAAGGAGUACCAGGAGGUGAUGAACUCCAAGCUGGGCCUGGACAUCGAGAUCGCCACCUACAGGCGCCUGCUGGAGGGCAAGGAGCACAGGCUGUGCGAAGGUGUGGGCUCUGUGAAUGUCUGCGUCAACAGCUCCCGCGGUGGAGUCAUGGGGGGCCUCAUGUGUAGCGUCACCCCGGGCCGCCAGAUUGCCUCUGGCCCCAUGGCCACUGGGGGCAGCAUCACAGUGAUGGCGCCCGACUCCUGCGCCCCCUGUCAGCCCUGCGUCUCCAGCUUCAACUGCGGGAGCAGGUCCGUCCUCUUUGCCUAG